AUGCCGGCCGAUAAACCAAUGAAUCACAUCGCGUUGGAUAACAACGGAAUUGAGCCGCCGAUUGAGAUGUAUUCAUUAUCUUCGAUGACUGUUCAGAAUAACUAUGACAUUGUCAUAAAUAACGUCGAAUGCAAACUUCCGGAUAAGAAGUAUGUCUGCUUUUUGAAUUGCAAACUUCUGAGACAACGAAGCCCUGUGAUAGCCGCUCAAUUUAUGUUGAAUGAAACCUUUAACCACUUCGACAUGCAUGUUGUCUUUGAUCUGUUUAAAAAGGAUAAAUCCAGGAUGAAUAUCGCUGAUAUCAAGAUGGAUGGUUGCAAGUAUUUGGGUUCCAUGUAUCAGAACAACAUCGUAGGCAGAUUGUUCAAGAGACUCAAAACCGUCAGUAAUUUCCCAAACAGUUGUCCUAUUAUAAAGGGAAAAAUGUUCGAAAUUCGCAACUAUACUUUUAAUUCGGAUGAAUUUCCACCAGGAGCCCCGCAGUCCAAAUGGCAAAUGCGUUUGCAACUACUAAAGCGAACUGAGAAAGUUGCGGAUGUAAUAUUCGACGGCAGUGUGGUUUAUAAAACAUAA